AUGCUCACUCAGCUGCAGAAUGCACAAAAGCUAGAGAAGGAAACCGAGCUCUUUAUCAAGCAAGCUAUUGAAACCAAGCGACGAAGUAUUGAGUCCAAAGAGAAGCUUGUUGAGCUUAUUGACAUGCUUGUUAUUAAUCGGAUAAAUAUGGUUGAGGAAUUGGAGUUUACUGAAAAGAGAAGUCGGAUUCUUCCCCAAGCGCCUUCAACCUCUAUCCAGCCCAAAAUAGUUGUUGCCGAUCUUAUCAAGAUUUUUGAAUGUCCCGAGCCCAUAUGUAAACCCACAACCUCCCAGUAA